AACACAAUUCACACUAUUGUUGGUGAUCAUUAGUAAUCUACAAAAGAAAGUAUUCGGCUCUAUUGGAGACCAGUCCAGGUUUAGAAUUGAAUCGUCAAAAUGAAAUUGAUUCUGGCCUUCGGUAUCUUUGUUUGUUUGGGGGUUGUAUCUACUUCAACGGUCAAUAAAAAGGUUUGUUCACAACCAGUUUCAACAGGACCAUGUCGAGCUAGUCAACCCCAGUUCUUUUUCGACCCUGAAAUCGGGGACUGUAAUCAAUUUUUAUAUGGCGGCUGCGGUGGAAAUGAUAAUCGUUUUGAUAAUCUGAAGGAAUGUCGAAAAUUAUGCGUGGGCGCAGAGUCAUCUGAAGAAAUGUUUUUCAGGAAAGUUUUAAGUGGAGGAGGAGGAGGAGUUAAGCUUACUUCAGUAGAAAAAAACCUGUUUGGAUUCGAAAUCUUCCUGAGUCGAUCUUAAAUAAUUAUUGAUAUGAUGGAAUGGAUGUGAUAAAAAACCACGACAUAUCGCGUCUACACUUGGUACUCCCUCUCGCC